AGCGCCAUCUGCGAUAAGAAUACGUCGAGUUGUGAAUUUAUUCUGCUGGAGCAUCGUCGGAAAUGCCAAUGUCAAUUGAAUGUCUGAAAUCAAAACAUAUAAUUCACCCAUGAGCUCUUUCAGGAAAAAUACCAAGAAAUAUGGAAGGGAAAUGGAGUGUUGGAGAUAGGUGCAUGGCGCCAUACUCUGGUGAUAGCGCCCUCUAUAAAGCUGUAAUACAAAAACUUGAAGAAGAUGGGGAAGGACACAAGAUGGCCGAGGUCCAGUACAAAGGCUUUUCAUCAGAAGAUAAUGAACUUGUCUACGUAGUGGACCUAAAGGACAUAACCCGAUCAAAAAACCUCAAUAAGAAAGAUGGUGGCCAGGCUGUAAGUUUCGAGAGUCCACUUCUAAACUACAUCUCCGAAGAGGAUAGGAUUAGGGCUCAAUAUGCAGACAUGUAUGAUGACCCUAGACCAGUAAGUAGGCCAACAUCCUCAGCAUCUACCAAGAAGUCCACACCUCCAAAAGGGUCAAAGGUCGCUAGUGUAGGGAGGAAACGCAAGGGUUCAAUUGCCUUUGGGGGUGCUGUCAAAGCUUCAUCUAAAAGUGUUGUUGAUAAAGUAAGGAAACCAAGCCAGCCGAUUGCAGAAUCCUCCAAUGCUGAAAGGAAUUCCAAGGGUGAUUGGAACAUUGCUGAUUUAGAAGAAGGUUUCAGUGCAACUGAUGUUGAGAAGCCCAACUUUCCUGGGAAAUCUGAUUCGAGCUCCAAAGAACCUUUGACUCUAUCCAGCCCCGGCAGGAGACCUGUUAUACAGGUCACAGGCACCAUUAAUAGAUACUUGAGAGAAUACCAGAGAGAAGGGGUUCAGUUUCUUUACAGCCAUUACAAGAACGACCGUGGAGCCAUCCUAGGAGAUGACAUGGGCCUGGGAAAAACUGUCCAGGUGAUUGCAUUUAUUGCAGCUGUUCUUGGCAUGACUGGAGGUCGAGAAGACUUGGAGAGAAGAUUACCAGAGUUUCUGCAGAGAGAGUCCCCUCAGAAAUCCAGCUUAAAUACAAAAACGUUUCUCAUCAUCUGCCCGAACUCUGUGCUCUACAACUGGAUGGAUGAGUUUGAAACGUGGACCCAUUGCCUCGUAGCGAGAUAUCAUGGAAAGGAGAGAGACGAUACACUCAGGAAGGCUAGAAGAGGAAGACUAGAUGCAGUAUUGACAACCUAUGAAACAUAUAGACUCUACUUGGAUGACUUGCUUACGGUAUCUUGGGAUGCUGUUUUUGUUGAUGAAGUUCACAAAAUCAAGGAACCUAGCGCCCUCAUCACACAGGCUCUUAAGGAGAUCAGUACCAAUAGGAGGUAUGGUCUAACAGGGACUGCUCUACAGAACAAGAUGGGAGAACUGUGGUGUGUUCUUGAUUGGGCUAACCCAGAUUGUUUAGGAGGAUGGAGAGAAUUCAAACAGGAGUAUGAACAGGUCAUCACGACGGGACAAAAAUACAAUGCAAGCAAGAGAGAAUUGGCUGAUGCAAGACAAGUGGCUAAGAAAUUUGCAGCGCUGAGAUCAAAAUGGAUGAUCAGAAGAACGAAAUCUAUCAUCGCUCACCAGCUACCAACUAAAGAUGAGCAUGUAGUAUUCUGUAAGCUGAGCUCUUUCCAGCUUGAUGUGUACAGAGCUCUCCUGGAAUCAGAUGACAUGAAGCUGGUACUGGAACAAAAGAACCCUUGUGAUUGCAGAAGUGGGCUCAAGAGAGGGCGCUGUUGUUACAAGCGUAAUGAUUGCGGGGAGGGCAUCAAAUCAUUGACCUUUGGCCUCAUGAGUCUGUUGAUCAAGGUAUCCAAUCACAUUGCUCUUCUCAUGCCCGAUGCGUCCAAGUCCAAGAAGCAGAGGGAGAAAUCGCUCCGGUAUUGUGAGAUAGCGUUUGCCAAGCAGCCGCAGUUUGUGGAGCUGAGUCGGGAGGCCAGGUUCGCCACGCUCUCCGAUCCAACAUACUGUGGCAAAAUGCAGGUACUGGAAAAACUUCUGAGAGUUUUCAAAAGAGAAAAUAACAAAGUCUUGCUGUUUUCAAGCUAUACCCAGUUGCUGGAUAUUUUGGAGAUGUACAUGAAGACGACCUUUUACACAUACCGAAGACUGGAUGGGAAGACCCCCGUUCAGGAUAGACAGAAGUUUGUCCAUGAAUUCAACAAAGAUCCAGAUAUAUUCCUCUUCCUCAUCUCAACAAAAGCUGGUGGCAUAGGCCUAAACCUCACGGGUGCCAAUGUAGUUGUGAUCUUUGACCCCAACUGGAAUCCGACCCACGACCUGCAGGCCCAGGACCGAGCCUACCGCAUCGGUCAGCAUCGUGAUGUCAAGGUCUAUCGGCUCAUCUCAAGGGGAUCCAUUGAAGAGAACAUGUACCUUAGGCAGGUCUACAAACAGCAACUGGCCAGUGUUGCCAUGACGACAGAGAAUGCCAAGAGAUACUUCACAGCCGUAGCAGGGGACAAGGAGCAGCAGGGGGAGAUCUUUGGUCUUCAGAAUCUCUUUGCUCUCAGAGCCGAUGGGUCAUGUCUAACCAAGGACGUCAUUCAGAGAGAGGAAAAGACUGAGCUUGGUAUCUCCAUGGCUAAGUACAAACCACAGACGUCAGUCGAUGAAUCCCCAGAUGAUCCGCUGGAUGAGCUUCUUCAGGAGGAUGUUCAUAUUGAUGAGUUCAAAGACUCUGGUGAAGAAGUGGAAGAUGAUGAGGAUAUCCAUGGAAUGGCUUCUCAGUUACUGGAGGUCGAUGAUGAGGGUGAAGACGAUAUCGCUUCCGACAGCCAUUCUGACAUGCAGGAUGAAGACCACAUGGAUGACUCUAAGAAAACAUCUCCAAAGACAUCCAAGACAAAGUCAUCACAUUCAAUUUGUCACAGAAAUGCAGAUAAUCAUAACAAUGGAGGAGUUGGAUGGAGGGACCAACUGCGAAAACUGACUCGUGGGAAAGCAAUUAUCGGAAAGGAUGGACAACCAGUUCAGAAGGUCAAGGGUCAAAGCACCAAGAGCUCGCACAGUAGAUCAAGGACAACUGCCAGAGAUGAAGAUGAUGUUGAAGGAGGUUACAUUGAUGAUGACAAUGAUGAUGAUGAAGAAGAAGAUAGAGGAGAGUCCAAGAGAGGACAAAGAGGAAGGCAAGAGAAUAGAGGGACAGCGAGAAAUAAGAGAAUCGUGAGGAUAGAUAGCGGUAACAUCAAAACAGCAGAGGAUGUAUUUAAGAAUUGUGGUGUAGAGUAUGUCCAUUCCAAUCAGAAGGUGGUCGGAGGGAGUCAUGUCGAGGAUCACGUCAGCAAGGUGGCUCAACGGGAUGUCUUUGAGAUCGGACAAUUCAGCCAGGAGCCUGCAUACUGUCAAGUGCCAACACUAGAUGUGGAAAGUAUCACAAGGAAUAAAAAGCCGAAACCAGCUGCCCACAGGACGAACUCCUCGUCUCGGAUGCAAUCAUCCUCUACUAGCCAUCGAUUGGGUGAUACUACUUUACUUGUUGGGCAAACCCCAAUAGGGAUAAGAAGAGAUCAGUUUGCAGACAUGGCAUCAGUGCUGGACUUCAGGAAACCCUCGGCUUUAGCGAAGCACAUCCAAGGGCUCUCUGACGAGGGAUGCCUGCACCUUCUUCUGUCAUACAACAAAUCCAAGUAUGGUGUAGACUUUGAUGAGUUUAUCAAACUACCGACCCAACCACGUGAGAGUCACAAGGCAUUGGAAGACAGCAAAGCUGGGAAAGAAGUCGCCAAGAGGUCAAAUCGGUCGUCAAAUAGGGGUAGAGGUCGAGGGAAUGCAAGGAGGGACACAGAGGCAAAGAGACCAGAAGUAGCAUGUGGACGUCGCAGGAAGGCGGCGGUCGGACUUGAAUUCGAAAGCAGAUCGAGUGAUGAUAGUUUUAACCUUGAUAGUGAUGAUAUGGAAGUCGUACGUCCACCCGUUAAAAAGAGAAAUAGUAGAACUAAACCUGCGACAUCGGGAAGAGGGAAGGAGAGGAGAAGGGGAAGGAGGGGUGGUGGGAUGAUGAGCCAUGAAGUCUAUCAGGAACUGUUUGAUGAUGACUCCCUUGAUGAGUUUGAUGUAGGGUAUGAUGAUUGGAAGGUCGAUAACAAAUCCAGUAAGGCCUAUGCCUCUGAUCAAGGAUCUAAGGUUCUGAGAAAGGCAGUAACAUCAUCACCUGAAGAAAAGAAACACAUAAAUGAGAGAGUUGAAACAAAUCAACAAGGUGCAACACGGGAAAGCUCAAAGGACAGUUCUUCGUCAACAUCAUAUCCAAAGAGACAAGAAAACCUGUCUUUCUUGGAUGAUAUAUUUCUGUCUGAUGCCCAGAAGCCCCGCAGAAGGCCACCUCCAAAGAAGCAUGCUGCCAAGCGUGCCACAGCCAUGAGUGAAUUGGACUAUAUGUUUGAAGCAGAGAGCAUUACAGACAACAGCUGUGAUCCUUACAUGAAGGUAUUGAAGGGGAAAGGUUCUGAGGGUAACACAACUCCAGGAGCAGCGGUCGUCACCAAAUCGCGAGCGGCCUUUGACACAGAUGUCAUCAUGGAAACGGUGCCUGUAGAUGAUAGCGAUGGGGACCUGUGGAAGCGCAAUGAAACAUUCUUGCCGCGCCAAACUUAUUUUGAGGAAUCUGAAGAGAGUGAGGAUAGUGAAUCCCUGUUCGUCACCAAUCCCAAAUUCAAGAGUGGAUCUGGAGCAAUCACAUGAAUUCAUAUUACUUGCUGGGUUAUAAAGCAGAGAUCUGUUUUUUUUUUGCCUUCAUAUCCUUGAAUUAAAUCCUGUAUAGUAAUUAGCAUUGUGUGUG